UUUUGAAUCGUGCCAAACUUCAUAAUCUGUUAUCUAUUCUAGAGAACAUUUCGGUCUUUCCCAAUGCAUCCUACCACCAGAACCCAUUUUUAGAGGACACUCCAAUCUUUCCCAAUACAUCUUAUUACCAGGAACCGUUCAAACUUGUACGAUCCAACUCAUCAACGCAGAAAACACACAACAUAACCAUAGUUACUGGUGCAA